CCUAACUGAGCAUAUUUAUUCUGAAAGAACUAAUUUUAAUUUUGAUUCUUGAAUCUGUUUCUGCUAAAGAAGACUGAUGAAUUGUUAACCACUUUUUGUCGCCAAUGCGUUCUACAAUGAGGCAGAUUAUUGACUCGAAAGCAAACAGAGUAAGGAGCGAGAAACCCAGCAAAUCAUGGGAUGUUACUGGAAAAACAUCUUAUUCAGCUCAAAUAAGGAAUGCAAUGCCUUCGAUGAACCCUGCUCUAGUAAACUCUAUCCGACAAAUGAAAAGAUUCAAGGGAUUGUAUGCAGAACCAAACAAACAGGAUUCAUCUAAAUCGAAACACAAUAAAGCUCAUCAUAAUAAAAAGGAGACUCAGAAUCCCAAACAUAAGAUAAGGAACCCCGGAAGAAGUAAAGCUGCCCUAAUUGGUAAAAAUUGGUCUCGUUCUGAAAACUUUUCUGAAAAGAAUGUCGAAUCAGUCACACAUCAAGAGGAGAAAGGUUUACAUCCUUCUAAGUUCUCUGAUACAAGAACACGUCCUUUAACAACUACAGAGAAAGGUGGUAAACCUUCUGGUGCUGGGAUAUGGGAGGUUUCACAUCCUCUCCACCUUCCAGACCCAGCAGUUACAAAUGUUUUCCCAAGUUCAGAACUCGGUUUCCCAUCAGAACCAGAUCACCGUAUUCUGCAUCAACAAUUCGCAAAUGUUCCUGUAAACUCUGAACCCAGAGGAAAUGAAAAUGAUUUUCAGUAUUUUAGCAGAGAUCUUGAUCCUAUGAUUAUAUUACCAAACACCCAGCAGCAGAAUAAUUCCGUUUAUAGAUAUCUUCCUCUGCAAGCCAUCCUACCUGAACCUCAUUAUCCUGGUCCUGUCCAACUUAAUGGAAUUGAUAAUAUGAAAUUAUCCGGUCAACCAACCUACUCUGCUCUAGAGGGAACCCAGAGAACCCGAACUAAUCCUGGAGAGCAGUAUUAUCGUGGAAAAGAGGGAACCCAGAUGCCUCCUGCAGGUUAUUCUUUAGAAGAGAUCAGCUCUACUCAGGAAAGAGCUCAACCUUUCACAAAUCAAGGCGGGAUCCAAGGUUUUCCUGAUCCUCACUAUGAUCUCUAUUCAAAUGUAUAUCCAAUAGAAUCCCCGCCAGAGUUUCUGUGUUGUGGAAUGAGCUGGAAGAAUGAUAAUGUUUCAUUUGUAGCUCAUCUUUAUGAAAUACACAACAUGUCCCAGGAAUGUGGAAACCUGUUUUGUUCUCUGCUCAGUGUAUCCCGUAGCAAGGAGUCUCAAAACUUGUGCAGAAUCCUGCUAAACCAGUUUGAGAAAGAUUACAGAAAACUGAGAAUUAAUGCAGAGGAAUAUAUCACAAAAGUUAUUACACAGAUUGGAAGCCUUCAAAAUCAGAUUACAAGAUUAAAAUCAACUGCGGCAGCUCUCACUAAAGAUCUGAAAAACUCAAGCAUGAAGAUUGAUCAGAUAUCUGAAGAGAAGGAUAAACUAGAAAAUAAGAACUCCAGGUUGACCCAGGAGAUCAGUUUUCAGGAACAGCAGAGGGAACAAAACAAGCAUGAUAUUGUUACAGUUCAGGAGCAAAAUAUACAGCUUCAAGAUGAAACUAGGAAACUACUGGACUUAAACUCGGAUUUGAUGAGAAGAAUCAGAAACUCUGACGAGAUUAAGGUUGAGCUGGAACGAGAAUUAAACAUGAGAAUGGAAAAUGAAAAACAAAAUAAACAACAAGUAUUAAAACUAAGAGAACAUAUUUCUAGUAUGGAACAGAAGUUGGAGCUCUCCUCUAAGGAGCAUGAGCUGAUGAUAAAGAUGAAGAAUGAAAAGGAAUGUGAGUUGAGGGAACUAGAAACUAGGAUUAGAAAACUAGAAGAUGAAAACAGAAACCUCUACAAGGAGAAAGAGUUUCUGAUCAAAGAACGAAUAGAAAAGGAGAAUAUGUAUACGGAGAAGAAUGAGAAGGUUGAAAGGUUGGGAGAGGAGAACAGGAAGAUGCUACAGGAAAACCUCAGGUUUAGGGAGGAAGCCAGGAUAUACAGAACGGAGAACGAGGCGAAGGAGGAACAAAUAAGGAACCUUCAAGAGGAAUCAGAUUCCCAGUUAAACGAGCUCUUGGUUUGCAGGAAUAAACAUGAUGAGAGCAGAAUGGAAAUAGAAAAAGUUAAAUCAGAAAACAAAGUUAUUAUCGAGAAUUUAGAGAGACAGGUUUUGGAAAACCAGAGGAAGGUUCAAGUUCUCCAAGAAACAUAUGAACGAGAAAAGCAGAUGUUUAGAGAGGAGAAGAACAAGUUUCAGUAUAUUAAAACCGUUCUCAACUCACAGAACUUUCAGGAUUUACAGAACAAUAGAAGCUGUUAUUCCAAACUGAAUUCUUUAAAUAAGAAGCUUGAAGGUUCAAACUCAGAGGGGAGUGUUGCAGGAAAUCCUCCUGAUUUUUUUCAAUUAGACAGGUUUGAAUCCUGGUCUGAAUCAGAGAUGUCAAACAUAUUCUCCAGUACUGAACUGUUUGCAGAGAGAAGUAAAGAAGCUGUGCGUUCUUCAAUAUUUCAAGAUGAUAGUUUGAGGAUCGGAGCCUGUAAGUCCAGUGUAUCUGUUUUCAACAAGUAUUUAACCUCACUCAGAAAAUAGUUCUCUUUGUAAACAUAUGUUUUCUGAACUUAAUACUUACUGUACACUCUAAACAGACUGAUUAAAGGGAUUGUUUACCCAGUUCCAUGUCACCUUUCAAAUAAAAGAGUUCCAAGACGAUUCACAGCAGGCUGGAUUCAUAAAUAAAGUCGUUUAAAAAAAAACAUUUUCUUGCAAUUCUUUGCAUGAUAAAUUUGAUGACCGAAAAACGUCACUCUAAAUAACGUUGACUAUCCCUUUAAUAAUAUGUUUGAACUGAAUGUAAAUAUUAUUAAUCUAUAUUUGAUGAUAAAAGGAAUGAUUAGAAUCUAGGUUAACAAGUGUAAUAUGUCAACAAUCAACAGCUCAUUGCUUUAUUUAUUUAACCUUAUUUAAUCUUCAAUAUGAUAAAAUGUUAAUAAUUUAAAUAUGCUGAGGUUAAAACAUUUUUAUAAUUAACUUUAAAAUCC